AAGCCAUCAGUAAACUUGGAGCUUGUUGCUGCCCAGGAGGAGAUCGAAAAACUUACAGAGAAAAAUCAGUAUUAUAAAAAAGCUCUGUAUGACGCCGAGAUGAAACUCAGUGAUGCCUACAAGGAGAUCGCCGAGCUUCGUGUCCUGGUCGACAAGUAUGAAACUGAACCUAGUCCAGUGGUAGUAAAAGAGGUAUCUCCUGUUCAACCCCCUCCCACCCCAGAACCUCCGAAGGUUGAAGAGAAGAAGGUAGUGGUGGUGGAGGAAGAGGUCAUUGUGGAGGAGGUCAAGGAGCCAGAACCCAUUGUAGAGGAAGUGCCACCUGCAGAGCCACCAAAGAUGAAGAAAGGGUCCAUUACUGAGCCCCCCAAAAUAAAGCCCAAACAGGCCCCACCGAAACCCAAACCAGUCCGCAAGCCUGUAGCCCGAAAACCCCCACAGAAGAAAGCCAUCCUGCCGCCGAUUCGUCAUAAGAAUCCCCCACCACCAAUACCUGAUAUGGAUGAAAUUGCACGCAGUGAGCGUGAGGAUAUUCUGUGGACUGUAGGAGAGCUUCAGGCUAUGUUAAAUGGAAUUGUGCAGGACAUCAUGGAGUUUUCAACACUGGUUGGUAACAUGAUUUAUAAGGAGAAAGAAGAGGAGCAAAUCCAACAGCCAGCUCUCAAAACUUUUGAUUUUGCACAAAACUCAGCCCCCGUAAAAAUAAAGGGAAAGAAACCAAUCACAGAUCGCAAAGAACUGGAGGCAAAGGACAAGAAAAGUCAGGUGUUCUUCCUGGGGCAGCGGGCUGUUGGCACCGUACGGGAAAUCUACGACAUCUUGUCAAGUUCUCUAGAGUUAUUGCAUGAAGAAUUUGAGAUGAUAUACCGUUCCUUCAAGGAGAUUCAGCAACGGAAAGCAUUGGAGAAAGCACUUUUGUCUGGGCAGUUGCCAGAAAACAUCAAACUGCCGGGCCACGAGGCAACAGGAGGACCAGGAACUGCCAGCAUGAAGUUCCAUGGAGCCACAACAGAGGCACUCCUGACUUACUACAUCCAUGCCUAUGGUCAGCUUCAGAAAACUCGUGAUAAAAAGGGUGGCAUUGAUGGCGGCCGAAGUGGUGGCUAUAUGCUCUCUGAGAAGGUCACUACAGAACAUCGCUCCAAGUCUCUAUCAGUGACCAGUAUUUCAUCUGAUAAU